CUCUCGCGCGAGCACGCGAGAGGAUUAAAAGAGGGAGAAAGGGCGGAAGUACCGACUCGAUUGUCUUCCACCAACAACUGCGGGCAUGUUUUCUCGAUUGAGGAAUGUCUGUAGAUUUGCCUCUACAUGUCAGCGAUUAUUUCACCCCUCUUCAAAGCGCUUUAGGGUGAAUUUCGCAACGAAGGCUCACCCAAAAAACCUUGUGCCUACCGCGCUAAGCGUUCGAGAAACAAAAAGUGAUGGGACUUUACAUGUAACAUGGAACGACAACAGAGUAAACCGUUAUCCGUUUGUCUUCCUUCGCGACAUCUGUCGAUGCCCUGAAUGCUUCCACGAGUCUUCUUCGCAACGAAGCUUUGAUACAGUGGGCCAGUUGAGGAUGGACAUUCAACCAAAACGAGUCGAAGUUUUGCAAAGCGGUAAACAAAUUGCUGUCACUUGGCCAGAUGAACAUGUCAGUGUGUUUGAUUCUGAGUGGCUUCACUCCCGGCGCUUAGCUGAGAAGCCGCAGGAAGAUGAAGCUAAAGAGGACUCGACACUAAACAAAGAAGGUGUAAUUUUUUGGAACGCUGAACAGGUAAUUAUGCGAUUUGUGCUUAUCGGAAAAUAAUGUACCAACUGGUUUAUUCAGCCGUCUUCAUAAAAACUCCUGCAAGGUGGCUCAAAAAGUUGUGUUUUGUUUAAUCUCCAACUCUUGGAUGGAUCUUAACCUUUACUUUUUUAUUUGUUCCCUAGGAAGUGGUAUAUAGAACUGAAUAAGUUGUGAUUAAUUUAAUUAAUAACAGCACUACAGACCCUUGAAAACAACUCUAUGUUGUGCUUCAUGCGGAACGGAAUGCAGCAACGGAUACACUGACCCCCCCCUCCCCCAUUUUAUCAAUAAAUUGCAUUGAAAGUCUCAAGAUAAGUCUGUUUUCAAAUUUUGAGUUAAAUCAGUUCAGAGCCGCGUUAACUUUUUGAGAAUGUUAAGAAUUUCUCCUACAGUAGACCUGCAAAGAAUGAUAAAGUUUAGGGGAGUGAUUUGUAUCAAGAGUCAAGUAAAGGCCUAAGUCAAGUUCGAGUCAACUUAAAUUUUUUUUUUUGGUUUUAGUCAUUUUAUUGUUAUUGUUUUUAUUUCGGUGUCAAAAUGAUGUACCAGGGAUACAGGUAUACAAAGUUUUAGGAUUAAAACGUUGUUCACGGCCGUUCGCAAGGGUUAUUCCUACACUGGUUCACAGCUGGGUUCGAGGAAGUGAACAUUUCAAGGUAUCUACCAAUUUUCCCCAAAGAUUCUGACUUCUUUUAAACACACACACCUGAGGCGGAAUAUCUAUUUCAUCAACAAAUCUUCGGAACUGACUCCGAUUAUAAAAAGAAUCCAGCACUUUCUCGCACUCGACCGCCAUCUUGCGACAACAGGAAUCCCAUAGCUAAAGGAUCAGUACUACAAGUUAUUUCAUUCCUUCCUCGCCCAAAAUUGUGGAGAACAAAUAAUAUUAUGCCUCGGUAAAACGUUUUUUUCACCGGAAUGAAAACUUUUCUUUUUUUCUCAUGUGAUAUGAGUAUCACUUUAACCGGGGUUUCAAAAUACACUUACUGACUGAAUAGGAGGGCCGGAAGAAAAAUUACUUAGCUCGUGGUCAUGACGUACGGACCGAGCGCGCCGAGCGUGUCGGGUUAUGCAACAUGCCGCGUUGCUGUAAACUACAUGGAUCGCUGAAUCUAGGAAUGGCUAUCUGUGUAGAAUCUCCAAUGAACAUAGCAAAUAUCUGCAUCAAUCUAUUUUCUGAAGCAGAAAAAAGUACUGUUGAGAGAAUUAACAAGACUUCGAGAUAUUUUCCGAGGGAAGGACUUUGAUUGUUAAAAAUAAUCGCCCAAGUUUCGUGGUGUUUGUUGUGGUUAGCGAAAACAAUAGACCAAAAAGAUUUGUUCAUUUUAAGCUAGUCCAUUGGGGUAGUCUCUGGACUGGGGUCAAUGUUUUGUCCAUCGCCUGACUCGGGCCCAAAGUUGACUCGUGAUAUGGUAGAACUCUAGGCAAGAGAAUAUAGUUUAUAGUCUCUUGUUCUUAGCACCUUUCGGCAUUGGCGCAACAAUCCAUUUUGAGACAGCUGCAUUAUGCAGUGGAACCUCCACUCAGGGGCACCCUUGGAGCACAAACGGGACUAGGGCAAGUGUGCUUGGCUUGAUGUUCAUAAAGAAUUAACAAUAGAAAUACCGUCGAACCUGUAUUAAGCGGAAAACGGCUGCGUAACCGCUUAAUACAGGUUGACCGCUGGUUAAGGUGCUCCCGGAUGGAGCUUUUGGGCAGGUCUUGGGGGCACGUUUUCUUAGGACCUUGAAAACGUGACCGUUUGUUGUGAAUAAAGGUGUUCCUGCAAUAGAGGUAACAAAUACAAAGGUCACACGAUUAUUUUUCCUGGAUUAAAUUUUCUGUCUGCUGAAUGAAAGUGUCUCAAGACUAUGAAAAGGUGUUCCAAAGAAGACAUUCCAAUAUAUAAACCCAGUUGGCUCAGAGAUUUGUGCCCAGACAUUGACUCGAGUAGUGGACAGUUUCCCAAUAGUUUACUGCUUUUCACAGUGGAACAGAUGACAAAAAAUACAGUGAUGCAGGUUAACACUACUGGUAUUAAUUUUACUGUAGCUUCAAGGCAAGAUACCUCGUUAUGACUUUCAAGAGGUGAUAGAAGAUGACUACAAACUGUAUGAAUGGCUGUAUUCACUUCAUAGCUUGGGCAUUGCACUUCUAACAAACACGCCUCUGCAGAGUGGUGAAUGCUUGAAAUUGAGCAGUAGAGUUGGAUUUUUAAAAACUACCCAUUACGGGUAGGUGUAUUUGUUGUUGUCGUUGUUUCUACUUUUCUUUUUUUCCCUUUUUUCUUUUGAUUUGGAGCAGUUUUGCACUGAUCUGAUAUUGAACCCUAGUAAAGAAAUUUCUGAAGCAUAGUAACUUUCCAAACUUAACCUUAAAGCAUUUAAAAUUUGAAAUUAUUAAAAUUAAUUUAGCCAAACGUGUCUAGGAACUUGCAGUAGUAAUACUCCCAAAAUUCACCUCAGUAUGCUGUUGACUUACCCAUGUAACAGCAAAUGAUUUCUAACAGUUGUUGAAAGUGAAAUAUUUUGAAAUUACGGACCUUGACUGGACAAAAGAUGCAAAUUGUUCAAUUUGAUAAAGAGAAAGACUCUGCUUUUGAGUGAACAGAUCCAGAUUUAUCUUCAAAGUAAUACUGUUUAUUGCAAACUAGACCUUUAGGACUUGUGCAUUCCAGCAUAUCAAGAGAAAUCAGGUGAGUGAUCUGUGUGUAAAUGGGGAGAUGGAUGCCAUCGAGUCUCCAGAACAUGGUGUAAUGUAAUAUUAACUAGCUGCGACUGUGAUGGCUGAUUAAGUUGAGGUUCUUAAAUUCUGAUCAAAUGCCAGUAUCUGGUAUUUCAAGGGUUGCUUUAAGGUAACGUUAUUUGAGUAUAAUCCUCAAGACAAGUGUAUCCAACCUUGCAGCCACAGCAUCAACGUACGGGCCAGGCUUGACUCUAACAGCGUGGCUUUUACCACAGACGACCUUCCUCUUCACAGCGACUUUCCUCAUUUGGAUUAUCAGCCCGGGGUAAGUAAAUCAAGUGAAAAAGGGAAUAAGAUGUAAAUUUAUAACAUUUGUUUAUCCCAGGCAAUAAUAUCUUGCCUUAAUCUGCUUCUAAAUUUUAUUAGUUUCGGUUAAAUGUGAGCGGGAAAAGUAUUAUCGAAAUCCUGUUUUUAACUUCAUUUUGCUUUUUUUUUUUUUAAGGUAACAAUUCUUCACUGUAUCGAGCAAGUGUCGGGCAAAGGUGGCGCCAAUCAGUUUGCUGACGGAUUUCACGCUGCAAAGCAGUUGAAAGAAAGUGACCCAGAGUCUUUCAAGCUGUUGUCUACCACUCCAAUUCAAUUCAGUAACCGUGGCAAGGACGUGUUUGGUGAAUUUCACACAAAAUCUUCUCAUGCCACAAUAGAGUAAGUUUGCUAUUGAAAUGGCUCAGAGCCACCUUAAUAUAUGUAGAAAGUAAGGAGGCUCUGAACCCCUCUGAAUCAUUGAUUAUGUAUUCAAAAUUAAAAGUUAGGGGCCAACGACUUGGUUUCAAACGAAGAACCCAUCCUCAAUUGUCUUUGUUUUGAUUAAAAUCAGGAGCACUAAAGUUUAAAGUAACGUAGCAACCGUUAUCGUGUUGUCAUAGCAAACAACACAAAAAAAUAACUUCACUCAAAGCUGAUGGAAAUAAACUAAAAAAAAAAAAGAUGUUGUCAGUGCACGGAUACAUGGCAAACAAUGUAAAAAAAUAACUGCACCCAAAGCUGAAGGAGAUAAACUCAAAAAAGAGAUCAAGGCGGACAUUCACACAGUCUAAUUUGUCCUCUUUAAUGUCACCGCUUUUUUUUCUUUUUUUUUAUUUGCUUUUCUUCAUUUUUUAAUUUGCUUCCUGUUUCAACUUUCUGGGUGAAUAAACUAGUGAAGAAUUGAACAAUUGGAAGUUAGUUAGCCACUUUACUUGAUCCCUACACAACUAAGACGCCUUUGUUGCAGGUUGGACAAUAAUGGUAAAUUGAGCCAACUCAGCUUUUGUGAUGCUGUGCGCGACCCCUUCUUAUAUCUACCCCCGGAGAAAACCGUGGAAUUGUACGAAGCAUACCUCAAGUAUGGAAGAAUUCUCAGAGGUCCAGCCAAUCAAAUAGAAUAUAAAAUGGUGCCUGGUGAUUUGAUAUCGUUAAACAACAACCGCGUGUUUCAUGGUAGAUCCGCCUUCCGACUCACUGAGUCUUCAAGCCGCCUUCUUGAUUUUCUUUGUAUGGACUGGGACACAGUUAACUCAAAGCUGCGAGUUCUUGCUAGACACUUUAACAUACCAUUUGGAUUGUAAAAAAAACAAAUAAGCAAGCAAAAUUAAAUCUAGCAAGAUGUAGUUAGUUGAUAAAGUUACGGCAUCUUGUUUGCAAUUUCAAAAGUUAUUCUAACCUAACGCUGCUCUUAACAUUGCCUAUCUUUGCAAUUUCUACGACACUUGUCACGUUUCUAGUUCAUGAGUUGGCUCAUCAAUUGGUAGUAACUGAAUUUGGUGCAAAAUAAAUGCACAUUGUCCAUAAGGUUCAAAAUUUACUAAAAUGUCUUUUUAAAACAUAGAGCUUCGAAAAUCAAAGAAAAUACUCAUUAGUUAAUGUUCAAAUACAUUUUACUUCGAACUAACACAAUCUUUCAGGAAACACAGGAGGAAAGAAAUAAUUCAUGUUAUCUUAAACUGAAAAAGUAGAGACUCUGCUCCCAGCUGCAUCCUGCGCAAUAUAUAUGCGUUAUUCACCCAGAAUGAGGUCAAGAUGACUGGAUAUCAGCCGACUUCUUUUUACAUUUUUAUGGACUGAGAUGAAGUCAAGGUUUGUAAGAACAGAAAAAAAGAUCGAGGCUAAUAUCCAAUGAUCUUGACGGAAAAAGCUUGGUCAAUGAGGGAUUUAUUACAUAGCAAAAGGAUUUUGCUUUAUUAAGAAUCCAGAAUGACUUGUUUAUUCCGAGAGAUGGGAAGAAAGCAAACUGUUUUACUAGCACAAUAAACCCACCAGAGUCGUUUAUGUUUUCUUUAUUUUGACUGUCUUCUACCGUUUUUAGGGACCCCUCGCUGACACUGUUCAAAAAUUACAAACUUUCUUGUAAGUAUGAUCCAGGCAAUUUUCUUUCUUGGUCAGCAAGCUCUUCAACAUUUUCAUCACUUGUGAGGUUAUCCAAAACUAAUCUAAUGUAACAGAUUAGAAAGAAGACAGGCAAAUCAGGCUCUUGAGUUACUUUCUCACCACAAAAAUUUGCCAGUUCUAAAAGCGGUAUUUCUUUAGUCACAUUUAUCCCAGCAAUGCAACUUAUCACAACUUCAUAGUGGCCAAGUUAUUCCUUCUACGUGCAUGUAUCAUUUAACACUUUGACCUCUUGGAGUGACUAGCAUCUACACUCUCUUCACAAUAUCAUCCCAAUAAAGGUUAUGAGAAUGACGGAAAUGAUCAUCAACUUAAGAAGCUCUUGAUUGUUAAACCAACACUCCUUGUCAGCAAAUUAGGAAAUUAAUAAUAUACAUGAAAAAAUUACUCAGCUCUGAUUGGUUUAGAUAAACGAGGGUUAAUUCAGUGCAAAGAAGUAAUAAACCAGACAUUCUGAUUGGUUAAUAAUCAAAGGAACUCACAGAUAGCCAAUCAAAUGCGAGUCUUGGAAAUCGCAACAUUUGCAUACGCUGAAAAUUUGCGAGCGAAACAAUGGCCGGCGUCUUUAGUAGGUGUUCACUAACAAUAAUUAGGGUACUCAAUGAAACUAGGCCACAAAUAAAUUACUGCAUGGACAUUGUGGCUAAUAAUGAAUAUAAUUGUAUUAACCAGGAUUAGAAAUGCUGUGUAUUUGUUAAGAUGGGUUAAAAAUCAUGUGCAAGAUAAAGCUAUCAACAUUCGCUUCUUCUAUGAUAUUGCAUGUGUGCUGGAUACACAUUUGAGAGAAAGAUUUUUUGGCAGUUUUAUUUGAAUUAAGUUGUGGUCUUGGUACUCUGGAAUUUUUGCCUGUUAAACGACGCCUUAUUGUUUUUUAUUUAUCUGCUCUGUAAAAUACGCACCAGGAAACAUUGCUUGAAAAUGUUACUCUUGCGAUACCUGUAUUUCACUGCUAUGGACACAGUUUCAUGUCGGGUUUUUUGAAACAUUUCCCCGUUGACUACUUUUGAAGAGUAGAGAGGUAUUGUAAAAAACAUGCAUGCUUACCCUAAAAAAAGUUAUUGUUUCCAUGAAGCAUUGUUUGGUCUUUUGUAACGCCAGGUCAACUACAGGGGAAGACGGCUGGAAGGGUUCGGGAUGAGUGAUAGCGAGGUUAUGAAAAUCAAAGAAAAGAUGGGAAAAUUCGCCAAUAUCACCAAAAUGGGAAGUGCAAGUCAAUGUCGAUAUUCCAUGAGACUCAUAAGCAAGUUGUGGAAACUAGUUCAUAUCGCCAAAAUGGGUCCAAGAGUGACUCAAGGUCAAUAUCUCAUCAAAACCAUAGGACAGAUGUAGAAACUCGCCAAUAUCGCUAAAAUGGGUCCCAGUGAAGAUCAACAGCAAUAUCCCAUAAAAAAUCAUACGAAGGUGAGGAAAUUCGCUAAUAUCGUUAAAAUGAGUCCACGCGUGGGUUGAUGCCAAUAUCCUAUUAAAAUGACAAGAAAGUUAUGGAAACUGGCAAAUAUUUGCUGCAGAUUGUCUGUAAUGAUCUGAAAGGUGUUGAAGUCUUCGUAAACACUCGAAGCUCAGUACAAAUACGGUGCAUGCCAAUGGGAAACAAGUAAUAAGAGGGAUCAGUCCUGGAUGUAUUACGCUGUAUAUCAAGUAUAUUACGCUCCAAAUUAAGUAUAUCCCCUUGGGAAGGCUAACACACACACACACCCCCACCCACACACACUUUUCGAGGUUUUACCAAAUGAAACCGCUGAAGACUAAAGAAAUCCGGGUCAUACGAUCUUCGUCUAAAUUGGUUUCAUAACACCAAAGUAGCCACAAUGCAAAGAAAAUUAAUCGAAGGAGCUGUCUCCCCCUUAUUCUUUUCAAGAAAAGAAAAGACAUUUAUAGUGUUGUUUCAUGUUACGAUAGAAAGCCUAAAAAUGAGAAAUGUUCAGACCGGUUCAUAGGGGGGGAAUUGGACUACGAUACUAAAGUGAGUAAUUGAUCGAAGUGAAAAGUACUAGCAUUGUAAGUACAUGGCCCAAUCUGUUUAUCUUCGUGUCACCAGAUUUAGCCAGUUAGAACAUAUAAUUUAUAAAUGGCAUACACAGUAUGGAAUAAUGGAAGUAUUCUUGUCUUUAUUGCAAAAUUGUCCGCUAAAAAAGCAGACUCAGAUCUAAAAAAAGAAAGCCAGGAGUGGAAAGAGAGAAGAAUAUACCUGCGAAUGGUUGAAAAGGGUAAAUUGAAGGUGCUUAAACUUGUUAGGAGACUAUGCAAUAAACAUCGGUAUUUACAAUACUCGAUGAACAGUACUUUUUUCCUUUUAUUGCCACAAAAUUAACCAAACAAAUAUUAGAAAAACAAACAAACAAACAAACAAAAAACAAAGAGAAUUAUUUGCUAAAACCACGUUACAAUUAGUUGUGCACAGUUCCAAAUUAAGCUGUUAUUCCUUUUUUUUAAUUUCUUUUAGUAAUGUUUGUAGAUAUUUUUCUAAAAUUUUCCUAUACACACCAGAACAUCCUGAUGACUCAAAGCAAAAGUUGUUUCCCUUGAAUUUGUUUCACUCAAACAUGGAUUUUUACUCCCGAUUCCUCGAACUCAAACUCAAAUUUCUCGAACCAGUUUUCGCAUGCCUUCCAGGUUGAAGAACUUGGGAAUCCACCAUAUUAAAUUGCUGCAGUAUGUGGGAAAGGAUAAAAGAGAUAGUGGACGAAAUUAUAAAGUAUGUCAACAAGGACCUUAACUAGAAUCUUGGAUUUUGUGGUAUAUCAUCCAAAUAUAACAAUAUAAUAAAUUACUGUAUAUAUAUAUAUAUAUAUAUAUAUAUAUAUUAUGAGAGGAAACAAGCAAGGACGACAAGCCUGUUUCGUGAAUCGCUUCACUCUUCAGGGGUUUAAACCCCUGAAGAGUGAAGCGAUUCACGAAACAGGCUUGUCGGGAAAUGUAGUUGCGUCGGUUUUUCCUCUCAUAAUAUUUAUUCUGCUCUGCUUCAACGUAUUGAGCACUGUUCCACGCGAAAAUCGACUUGCAGACUUCCUAUAUAUAUAUAUAUAUAUAUAUAUAUAUAUAUAUAUAAUAUUUGAAGCAGUUAUAUACUUAUCUGAAUUGGAACCCCAAAUAACCUAGAACAUAACUAAAUUGCUGACAACAGAAUAGCUUUGUAAAAAGAGCCUCAAAGUAACUGAGACUAAGAAAUUAUCAAAAUAAAUGUUGCACUAGCGGCCAAAUCUGUCAGGAAUGUGCAAUCGGUGCUAACACUCAUAAAAUUCACUUCAGGACGCUGCUCACUUAGCUACGUAUCAGUGAAUAAUUUUCAAAAGUUGUUGAAAAGGAAACAUUUUGAACUUGUCGACCUUGACUGGACAAAAGAUGCAAAUUGCUCAAUUUGAUUAAGAGACAAGGUCUACUUUGUAUGCCCCGUUCCAGAUCUAUUUUCGGAGUAAUGCGCGUUUAUUGCUAAAUAGACCUCUAAGAGAGCUCUGGUAACUGAUCCAUGUGUUAAAAGGGGGGAUGGACGCCAUUAAGUCUUCAGAACAUCGUUUAAUGUUUUAUCCCCCUACCCACUGGGUAUGAGAAGGAAAUGCCCAGUCUAAAUUUGUUGUCUCUAAUCAACGUAGUAUUUGGCAACAAGCGUAAUAAUAUAACUAACUGCGACUGUGUUCUAACUUGCAGCCAUAGUUCCGACAUACGGGCCAAGUUUGACGCUAACAACCUGGCUUAUACCACAGACGGCAUUCCUCUUCAUGGUGACCUGCCUUAUUUGGACUAUCAGCCCGGGGUAAGUAAAUAAAGGGAAAAAGAGAAUAACAUGUAAAUUUAUGACAUCUGUUUAUUCCAGGCAAUUAUGUCCAGCCCCAAUCUGCUUUUGGGAGGCCAAAAGCUUUAUAAAAAUCUAAGUUAAAACGUCUUCAUUUUAAACUCACUAGAAGCUUCGAUUUAUCACUUGAACCUUAUUGCACUCGUCAAAUUUGAACUUUUUUUCGGUUAAACGUGAGAGGGAAAGCUGCAUUUUGCUUUUUUCUUUAAGGUACAACUUCUUCACUGUAUCGAGCAGGUGUCGAGCGAAGGUGGCGUUAAUCAGUUUUCCGACGGAUUUCACGCUGCAAAGAAACUGAAAGAAAUUGACCCAGAGUCUUUCAAGCUGUUGUCUACCACUCCAAUUCAAUUCAGGGACCGUGGCAAGGACGUGUUUGGUGAUUUUCACAUGAAAUCCUCUCAUGCCACAAUAGAGUGAGUUUGCUGUUGAAAUGGCUCGGAUCCACCUUAAAUAGGUGUAGAAAGUAGGGUAGCUCCGAAGCCCUCUGAAUUAUCGAUUAUGUCUUCAAAAAUAAAACUUAGGGGUUACGGAACUGGUGUCACUGAACGAUAAUGCCUUUGUGACCUGAACAAGAUUCCUGAAGAGGCCGUCCUUUCAAAAGAAGAAGCUGAGGGGCUGUGUUUGUUUUCACCACUAACAGGAACACUAAACUUAAAAAUAACAUUGAAACUCUUAUUGUGUCCUCAAUGCGACGACUACACAGUAAACAAUACAAAAGAAUGACAUUUUAUCGAAAGCUGGGGUAACUCCAAAACAAAAUCAAGGUCGACGUUCAAAAAGUACGAUAUUUCUUCUUCAGUAUCACAAUUUUGUUUUCCUUUUUUUUUUUUGCUUUUCUCAGUUUUUGAUUUGUCUCCUGUUUCAACCUUCUAUGUGGCCCAUAUUUACAAGAAAGACGCUUUUGUUGCAGGUUGGAUGACAAUGGCAAAUUGAGCGGACUCGCUUUAAACGAUAAUGCACGCGACUCCUUCAUGAAUCUUCCCCCGGAGAAAGCUGUGGAACUGUACGAAGCUUACCUCAAGUAUGGUCGAAUUCUCAGAGGUCCGAUCAAUCAAAUAGAAUAUAAAAUGGUGCCUGGUGAUGUGAUAUCAUUCAACAACAAGCGCGUAUUUCACGGUAGAUCCGCCUUCCAACUCACCGAGACAUCAAGCCGCUUCCUUGAGUUAAUUUACAUGGACUGGGAUACGAUUGAUUCAAAGCUGAGAGUUCUUACCAAACACUUUAAUAUACCAUUCGGAUUGUAA